CUGGACUGAAAUAUAUGGUGAUGUGAAUUUUGAGAUUAGUGCGGCAUUGCUUACUACAUAUGAGAACACAAUGUACAUCUUUCUGGGGGUCCUAGUAAGAAAAAUAAGACAUUUAUACACAUUAAUAGCUUUCAUUAACCUUUCUCUCCUUUUAAGUUUUAUUCACGCAGCUGAACCCAAUAUGUUGUUAGAGAAAAUGAACAACAGUCUGCAGUCCUCUUCUGAAAUAAUAUUGUCCAUGGACAAAGCCUACACGGCAGGGGAGAUUACUAUUGCCGUCACUUCUGCUUUAGGAAAUAUUCUGGUGUGUGUUGCAGUCGCUCGCGAUCGGAGGCUGUGGACAGUGACUAACUGCUUCUUGGUGUCACUGUCUGUAGCAGACGUGUGUGUCGGAGCCUUUGCCAUCCCCUGUGCUAUUCUCACCAGCAUAGGCAUCCCCCAACAUAAUUUGGAACUAUGUCUACUGAUGCUCUCUGUCCUCAUCAUGCUUACCAUGAGCUCUACCUUCAGCCUUCUGGCCAUCUCUGUGGACCGGUACAUCGCCAUUCUGAACCCUCUACGAUAUAAAAGCAUCAUGACGUCCACAAACACCCUCAUUCUGAUCAUAACAGGUUGGAUCGUGGCAUUUCUCAGUGGGCUGAUGCCACUUAUGGGUUGGCACAAACCACCACCCAGCCAUGGCUACUGCAUCUUCACCCACGUCAUUGACAUGACAUAUCUGGUGUAUUUUUUUUCCUUUGUCUACUUCUAUCUGCCCGUCAUCAUCAUGGCCACCAUCUACACCAAGAUCUACUCUGCAGUGAAGAGGCAGCUACAUGGAACAGUGGUGGGUUCCCACCAUGGUGUUGUGGGUAAGCAAGGGGCGGGAAUGAAGGAGUUAAAAAACGGCUACUUCUCUCUUUACAAUCAUUUUCUUUUCAUGUUAUGCUGGGCUCCGCUGCAUAUCAUGAAUGGGGUGAGUCUACUCUGUCCAAACUGUUACAUUCCUCCGGUCAUCCUGGAGAUCGGAAUCAUUCUCACUCAUGCAAACUCUGCCCUCAACCCUGUUAUAUAUGUCUACAAGCUGAAAUCCUUCAGGAACACAUUCAAGAACGUCCUUCCUGUGUAGGGACCGGUCAGUCGUCCCAGCUAGAUGGACAGAUCAAACCUCUGUAUCUCAUCUACAUUAGUUAGCAAACUUUUUUUAUUUUAAAAAACAGCAAGAGGUUCUUCUAUACAUCAUCUACAGGAAAUUGUAACAGGCCUCCAAGACGGGAAAGCAGUAUGUAGUUCAUAUAUGGAUACGGUUAUCUACGCUAUGGAUGAAUGAAAGUGUUUGUUACCCCAGCAUGUCAUAUUACCGAUAUG